AUGGAAGCUAUUUAUGAGCAACCAUCCCAUAAUGGAAUGAAAAGACAGAAGUUUACAGCCGAUGAGGACACCCAACUCAUCAAUCUAGUCAAUAUUUAUGGUACGCACUCAUGGAAAAACGUAUCCAAGCAUAUGAAAAACAGAACCACUAGGCAAUGCCGAGAAAGGUACAACAAUUAUCUAUCUCCGAGCAUCAAGAAUGGUCCCUGGACCCAACAGGAAGAUAUUUUGCUUAUUUCCAAAGUAAAAACAAUGGGGCCCACCUGGUGUAAAAUUGUUUCAUUCUUUCCGACUAGAUCAGACGUAAACAUAAAAAACAGAUAUGCAUAUUUGGUAUCCAAAGGUAGGGCAAGGGCGUUAAAACAUGCAAUUAAGAAUACAAAACCAAAGCCAAAGCCUAUUCAAGCAGAAUCGAGCGUUGAAUUGUUCAACUACGCUCUUGACAAUAUAGAUUCUUCUCUUACAGAAAAAAUUUUUGCUUCAGAUUCCAUAUUCGAUUUCGAUAGCAUUGAUCUUUAUCCAUAA